CCACCACCUGUCACCCUCCUCUGACUGGGUCUGGUGUAUCGGAUAACAAGUAGGGCAAAGGUUUUGACCACCACGAAUGAUUGUCUGCGCCUAACUAAGGCCCAGGGUUUUUCUCAUAUAAGGUUGACCAGGAAACCAUACUACCUGUAAUCAUAUGUGCUGUUCUGAUUGUUGGGUCACAACCCGAGCAUUCUGUAGUGGCCUGGGAGAGAGGAGGAUGGGUGAGUUAUAGUGGCGGGGGCAAAGACAGAAUGCGUGAGGUGAAUGGAGAGAGAAUGAAAGAGUGAGUAAAAGAGAGUGGGAUAAGCGCGACAGGUCAAAGGGGGAUAGAGUGUGUGGGGAGGGGGGCAUUGCUGGUUGUUUGGCAAUGAGCCAGAGUACUAAUCCUAUUCAACUAUAGCCUCAUAUACAUACACACACACGCAUUGGGAGGUGGCCUUGAGUGGCAGGGCCAUGUGAGCUCCUUCACGUGUGCUAUUCCGGGCAUGGGAGGAGUAAAGCCAGGGACAAGGAGGGGAAAUAGUUUUGGGUCUUUUCUUUUUCCGCCUGAGACGGGUGAGUGAGAGGAUCUGCUGUUUGUUUGUAAGCUCCUUGGCUCUUUCUGAGGCCGGUAGCGUAGUGAAGAUGGGUCACUGCUGCAGUAAGGAGCUGAGCCAGGGGAGGCCGAGUGAGACGACCAGGCUGCUCCAGGCGUCCAGCCCGGAGGGACUGAGAGUCAGGACCCAGGACGGGCUACACGCCAAUGCCCUGGCUCAAUGUGCGUCUGAACAGCUGGCUCGACACGCAAGUGGCCCGGAUGGACCGGCCGACCUGAAACAUCCUGGCCGCGAGGAGCAGAAGAACGUUGUGGUCCGCGACGUGGUGUCGACGGGUCCCGUGCCGAGGGGUAGCAGACAGAGCGGGGGGACACUCAGCCCGGAACGCUCGCACGAGAAGGAACCGGCUAUUAUUAACGCCUCCCCGGGCCCCGGCGUGGUCACACAGACAGGCGUGGACGUGCACACACACACAGAGGUGACGGGGGCAGGCGCGUCUCGCAAACACACUGCCAAGGCCAACGGAGGGAAUGUUCCAUAUAUGGAGCGGAGCACGGAGAGCCCUUUGUCACAGGAAAUGGCAGAGAACACGACGGAGAGUGCUGUUUGGCAAAAGCCUCAGGGCGCAGCGGAGAAGCCACCGAAACAGAAGAUCGAGAAGACAAUUGAGAACCUAGUGAGAAAAAUGGAGAAUACCAUGCGAAACCCUGCACAACAAAGAGUAGAGAAUACUGUAGAGAAAUCAGUGAGACAGACCCUUGAGAACACAGCUGUGAGACAGAACAGUAAGAACACUGCUGAGAGCCCAGUGAAACAGAGGAUAGCAAGUAACGCUUUGCUCAGAGCUACCUGGUUCAACCAAACCCGGGAGCGCGGCCCGGAAGGAACCGAGCACUGGAGGCCCUCGUUUGACAAAACAUCCCCAACCGACCAGCUGUAUGACAUCAGAGUUUUGGGGGAUUCCAGAGAAGGGACGGAGGAAGAGGAUGAGGAAGAUUGUGUUGUCAGGGCAACUCUUGGCAAGGGUUUCCGGGCCAGAGCUCAGAGCUUCUACAGCAUCUGUUCCAUUGACGUAGAUGACCUCAACUCUGACCAAUCGCAGACAAUGGAAUAUACUAAAUAUACAGCCAAACCUACAGCAGUCCAAUCAAACACAGCCGAACCUACAGCAGUCCAAUCAAACACAGCCGAACCUACAGUCUCUAUUCUUUCGCAUACAGACAAACCUAUAGCCCCUGUCCAAUCACACAUAGCUGAACCUACAGCCUCUAUCCAAUCACAUAUAGCCAAACCUAGAGGCUCUGUCCAAUCACACAUAGCUGAACCUACAGCCUCUAUCCAAUCACAUAUAGCCAAACCUAGACGCUCUGUCCAAUCACAAAUAAUUGAACCUAGAACUCCUGUCCAGUCAUUCAUGGACAAACCUACAGCUAUCCAGUCACAUUCAGUGGAACAUACAGAGUCUAUCCGAUUGACUACAAAAGAGCCUACAGCCAGUGACCAAUCACACAGAGUGGAACCUUCAAAGCCUGGCCUGUCAUAUGCGUCUGAACCCAUGGUUUUUGAUCAAACGCAAACUGUUGAAUCUACUGCCAUCGACCAGUCACCAACAUUGGAGCCUAGACCAUUUAACCAAUCCUACUGUGUUCCCCCUCAGGCAGCCGAACGGGUCAGCCCUAUCACCCGCAGAGACACCAGUACCCAGCUGAUAACAACGGACAUUACAGCUCCCGCCCUGCUUGAGCUGACAACAUGCCGGCUGGUGGAUGUGAACAUGAAAGACGGCAUGAAUGAGGAGAAUAGCAGUCUCAUGUCCACAGGGAAGACAGUCGACAGCAGUCAGCCGGGAGAGAACGCAACAAGGGACUUGAACCUCUCUCGUAUCACUGUUCCCACCCCCACAGAGCCCUGCCCUCAUAUCUCUACCCUUACAGAAGAGCAGCUCACACCCAGCCGUUGUCUUAGUCGUAGCCUCAACUCCAAUCCUAGCCCCAACUCAAGUCCCGUGCUCAGAGAAGUGAAUGAGGCAGUACUUGUGGAGGAAAUGGAGGGGAUAGAGGUGAACCAGGCUGUCUCGGGGAGUGGGAUUAGUGAGGGGCUGAUAGGACAGAUGGAGGACGAGGCCUGGCUCAGAGAUGCAGCAGAGACCAUGCUAAUCGAGGUGUCUUCAGCCUCCGUGCUAACCACAGUCUGCUCAAUGUCUCCACCCAUGAGCUGUACUGUCCGCUCAAUCAAAUUGAAUGACACUGAAGCCAAGUCUGACCAAACCAUAACACAGCUGAAUACUUGGACAACUAAAGUGGAUGAUCUUUGCCCUGCUGAUGACUCAGAGCUCAUAGACUGGCCAGUCCAGGUGGAGACUAAAGUGGAAACAAAGAAAGAGACAGAAAUAGAUCUAAAACGAAAACCUGGAGAGAAAAUGGCUGCCGUCACUUGUCAACUAAUUAGAGAAGGCCACCGUGUUUCUCAGAGCAGCUUUUUCUCUCAAGACUGUAGAGACAAGAGAGUGAGCGGACAUCUUUCCAAGGACAUUAGUGAGGACAUAGAGAGCAGACAACCUUCCAAGGACAUUAGUGAGGACAUAGAGAGCAACCAGCUUUCCAAGGAUUUUAGUGAGGACAUAGAGAGUAGACAACCUUUCAAGGACUUUAGUGAGGUCAUAGAGAGCAGACAACCUUCCAAGGACUUUACUGAGGAUAUAGAGAGCAACCGUCUUUCCAAGGACUUCAGUGAGGAUAUAGAGAGCAGCCGUCUUUCCAAGGACUUCAGUGAGGAUAUAGAGAGCAGACAACUUUCCCAGGACUUCAGUAAGGAUUUAGAGAGCAACCUUCUUUCCAAGGACUUCAGUGAGGAUAUAGAGAGCAGCCGUCUUUCCAAGGACUUCAGUGAGGAUUUAGAGAGCAGACAACUUUCCAAGGACUUCAGUGAGGAUAUAGAGAGCAACCAUCUUUCCAUAAACUUUAGUGAGAAUGCAGAAACCAGCCAUGUUUCUCAUGGUUGUGAUGAGAGUGACAGUGACCAUCUCUCUAAGGAAACCGGAGCCUCUACUCAGCACCAGCCUAGUGGGGACAUUUCCAGUCCUGAACAGCCCUGCAAAGUUUCUCCAUCCUUAAGAUGGAGUUUAGAGGAGAGUGGAGGGAGGUUAGGCUGUGACUCAGAGACAGUUACUGAACCCAUGGACUGCAGAAAGCAGGCAGAGGAGAGCACUGAUAACAGCGCACACACUGAAGACGGAACACACACUGAAGACGGAACACACACUGUGGAUAACGGGCACAGUGAAAACGGGAUACACACUGUGGACGGAACCGGUGCAGAGAACUGUGAAGAAACUCUGACCGGGAGUCAUGCUGCAACACAAAAUGACCUGGAUGUGGAAAACCCAGACACUUCCCUCCCAGAGGAAUGUGUUCCUGCAGCCGGCAACGAUAGUGUGUUUGAUAACAGCAAUGUAGGAACACAACCUGACAGUAGUUUACAGACUCUCCCUGGGGGUGCAGACUGUAGGGACUUGGCACCAGCUAACAGUUUGUGUUACCCCCCUCUUACAUUUGGUCCUGGCCCGUUUGCAGAACAGGCGUUCAGUUACCACAGCGAUGACUGUUCGGCUGUGGACCACCCUGAAGGGCAUGGCCGGACUACAGAUUUGUUUUCACUGACAAAGGUGUACGGGGUGGACCCUGAUCAGAUUGACAUGUAUGCCUCCACCCCCUCCUACCAGAUACAGUUCCUGGGUCAGGGGUCACUGACCGACCUUACAGAGGUGGGCACUUUGGGGGUUGUAGGUCAGGAUGAGGAGGGCGGCAUGGUGGACAUGGUAUCAGAGCUGCUGGGAGAGGAACCUACCGCCUCUGGCCUCCACCCCACUGCUUGGACGCAUUCAGGCCCAGGGCCGGUGGAGGGCUGUGGAGGAUGGGCCCGGGGUGUGGGUGAGCCCCCUGGCACCAUCGCCCUGCUGGACGCCAUCACCACCUACAGCCCUCUGCUGCCUCAGGACACCUGUCUCUGGGAAUGGCGUCAUCAGUACCAGCCUGAAUCCACCCCGGUGUCUGAGCUCAACCCCAACGCUCAGGUAUGGGCCAACCACCCUUUCAGUCAGGACCCCUCAGAGCUUUACGCCGACGCCCUCCAACCAUGGCUGCCGGUGCCCUGUCACCCUGACACCCAGGAAGUACCUAAUCCCAACACAGACGAGGCUCAGCUGGAACCCAGUGCUGUAGAAUUCCCUGCGGUCACCAUGGAAAGCCUGCCAGCCAAUGGCCUGGUCGGGUACAGCUGUGUCUCAGAGGAGCUCAUGGCCCAGCUGAAGAGCUCUCUGGAGUCCUGCCUGUCACGGGAGAACCUGGCCAACGACCUCUACCUCAUAUCCCAGAUGGACAGCGACCAGUAUGUUUCCAUAGCAACGCUCGCCAACCUCGACCACAUCAAGGAGCUCAGUACGGACUUAGAGCUUAUCUCUGAUAUCCUGAAGUCGUUGCCGCUGGUAGAAAUGGCAGAAUGCGGGCAGAAGGUGAGACCCAAUCAGGGUCGCUGUAUCGUCAUCCUCAGAGAGAUCCCAGAGACCACACCCCCUGAGGAGGUGAAGGCUCUGUUUGCUUGUGAAAGCCUCCCCAAGUUCCAGAGCUGUGAGUUUGCCCAAAAUGACAACUGGUUCAUCACCUUCAGCUCAGAGGCUGACGCUCAGCAGGCUUUUCAGUAUCUUAGAGAGGAGGUUAGAACGUUCCAGGGGAAACCUAUCAAGGCACGGAUCAAGGCCAGGGUGAUGGCAGCCAUGUCUUACGCUCCAAAGAACGACUACAGGCCCCUCCCCAUGGACCACUGUACCAAUCAACAGCCUUACAGCUCGUACUACGCCUCGCCCACUUUCCAGCAGCCCGUCCCACAGCUUUACCAAUUGACCAACCAGAGCCUGGCUGUCAUGGCCGGAUACACAGACCCCGCCCUGAUGGCGUCGUUCCCGGGGUUUAUGGAGGGCUUCCCAGAAGGCCCCAGUUUCAAACCGCCCUCUUCCUACAGACACAGUAGGGGCUGUCACCGUGGGCAGCGGCAGCAGAGACGGUGGUCUGGGGACAGGGGACUUCUGGGAAACCCCCACUUCUUCCAGGAGCGCGGACCAACAGAAUGUAUCCCUGGCCCUCCCAGGCAGGGACGGCAAAGGUUACCAGGCAACGGCCGUAAGGACGGAGAAGGGGGUCGACGUGACGGAAGGGGUGGGUCAGGGUCCUCCCCCAGCACUGACAGAGGAAGGAGAGGCGCUGUUGGUCAAAGGAGAAGAAGAGAUGAUAAGUACACUAGAGCCCCUGCCCAGUCGCCCCCUCGCUCGACGUCUCCCAGUCUGGAGCUCGGACUCGCCAGCUUCCCCCCGCUGUCCUUGGCCAUACCUACCGCUGAACCUGUUGUGACCAGCAAGCAAGGGUCAGCCGGCAAUCACAAGAGUGCAAUUACAGACAGCAUUACCAGCCAGUCAACGACUGUGACAUCACAGGGCCUUGAGCCUAUCACAGCCUUUCCUCAGAUAACCCUUCCCAUGGUUCUAAAGGAGAACACCGCUUCUCCGAAGGGGAUCAAAGCAGCUCCUUCGGCCGUUGAAGAACCGUUUCAGGGCGUGGAGGAGAAUGGACCAGCAGCGGAGUCCAAGAAGCCGAGCUACGCUGAGAUCUGCCAAAGGAUACGAGCCAAUCAGACGCAUCAUGCAAAGCUAAAUGAUCACACACCCUUAGGGGGGGAACUUGUCCCAGCCUAUCCUGCACAGGAUCCUAAGCCAGCCCAGUUACAACCCUUACCAGAGUGACGUCCUCACUCUGGGCUGAGGGAAAGAAGAGAAAGACGUUUUUCAACACAAAGGGGGGGAAAAGGAGCUAUACCCGUGGUUAUGAUGUUAUUUAAGAGCAAGAUGUGAGCCAAGUAGUACCCAUGUUUUUCUUUGCUGUCUGUCUAUUAGUUUUCUGUCUGUCUGACUGACUGACCUCUCUAAAUACUUUAAGUUACUUACCUCUCUAAAUACUUUACUUGUUUUAUUGAUUUUUUUUGUUAAUGAAUAUUUGGAGGAUCUGACAUCAGACUGCUGUUUUAAUUCCACAGUCUAAAUAACUUGAAUAACUGGAAAAGUUACAGUAGCUACAAACAGUCAGACAAUAAUUGCUGAGAGGCUAAAACACUGAUAUUAACCUUUGUUUUUGCAUGAGUUUUAGAUUUAAUUUACUGACUUACAGUGUGGUUAGACAGAGUGCCUUCAGUUUAACUGGUUUGUGUAGAUUUGGGUUCAGGGAGGGGAGCAUGUCAGUUACACACUGACUUCAAUUGAGAACCAUCUCAGGGGUUGUUUCUGUAUACAUAAAACACUGGUUACAUUAGUUAACAAGUUGAAUUUAAUUUGAAUUAGGGAAGGGGAUUAAAGCAGAUUGUGGAGAGGUUUGUGUGGAAAGUUUUCAAUUUCCAUUUCCUGUGUUUGAGAUUUAGUUUGUUAACUUGAUUAUACAGAUGCAGAGUUGAGGCACAGUUUAAAAAAGGUUAUUGUUUGAUUUUGUUCUGUACAGUUGUAAAUAAUUUCACUAAUGUGAUUAAACAAGUGCCUUAAA